CCACGCUGGGAGCGCUGGAGUUCAGCCUCCUCUACGACCAGGAGAACAGCUCCCUGCACUGCACCCUCAUCAAGGCCAAAGGCUUAAAACCAAUGGAUUCCAACGGCCUGGCAGAUCCCUACGUCAAACUGCACCUCUUGCCUGGAGCCAGCAAGUCCAACAAGCUGAGGACAAAGACGCUGCGCAACACCCGCAACCCCGUGUGGAACGAGACCCUGGUGUACCAUGGCAUCACGGAUGAGGACAUGCAAAGGAAAACCCUCAGGAUCUCCGUGUGCGAUGAAGACAAAUUUGGCCACAAUGAGUUCAUUGGAGAAACUAGAGUUUCCUUGAAAAAACUCAAAGCCAAUCAGAAAAAGAACUUCAACAUCUGCUUGGAGAGAGUAAUACCAAUGAAGCGUGCGGGAACAACCGGCUCAUCCCGUGGGAUGGCACUGUAUGAAGAGGAGGUAGAUCGUGGUGGGGACGUGGAGGAGCGUGGGAAGAUCCUAGUGUCCCUCAUGUACAGCACCCAGCAGGGCGGCCUGAUCGUGGGCAUCGUGCGCUGCGUGCACUUGGCAGCCAUGGACGCCAAUGGAUACUCGGACCCGUUCGUGAAACUUUGGCUGAAACCUGACAUGGGAAAAAAGGCCAAGCACAAGACGCAGAUUAAGAAGAAAACGUUGAAUCCUGAGUUCAAUGAGGAGUUCUUCUACGACAUAAAACACAGCGACCUGGCCAAGAAGUCACUGGACAUUUCCGUCUGGGAUUAUGACAUCGGCAAAUCGAACGAUUACAUCGGCGGCUGCCAGCUGGGCAUUACGGCGAAGGGGGAGCGCUUGAAACACUGGUACGAGUGCUUGAAGAACAAGGACAAGAAGAUCGAACGCUGGCACACCCUCCAAAACGAGAACCACGUGGCCAGCGAUUAA